CAUUGUCAUCUCAUUCCCCGACAACUGAUUUACGUGUGCACUGGAGGACCGCCUUCGAAGAACUCGGAAGUCCUUCUACGGGACUUCUGUGGCUAGUGCCGCAUGGCCAAAGCUGACGGUGAGGCAGCACCGGCCGAGGAGCCCGUCGCCGAAGCAACCACAGAACAGGCAGAGCCCGCGGUCGAGGGCGGGGGUGCUGAGCCGGAGCCGGCUCAGCCUGAGCCCGCCGACGCGCCCCAGCCAGCCGAGAGCGCAGAAGCUGUGGAACCUGUGGUCAACGAAGAUACAGUUGGCGCCGGCGCGGAGGAGUCAGCCGAAGCAGCUGCUGCAGAGCCUGAGCCCCAGCCAGAGGCAGAGGCAGAGCCCCAGCCAGAGCCACAACCGGAGGCGGAGCCAGAGCCGGAACCGGAGACACAAGGAGACACAGGUGCCGCCGAGGGAGAGGCAGCGGCCGACGACGCCGGUGCAGCCGGCGAGGAGGUCGAGGCUCAGCAGGCAGAGCCUGCCGCGGAGGCAGCGACUGGUGAGGCGGACGCUGAGGCGCUAGCGCAGCAGCAAGCAGCGGCGGAGGCGGAGCUGCAGCGGGAGCUCGAAGAGGCAGCGGCGGCAGCAGCGGCGGAGGCGGCAGGCGAGCAGGCGGCUGACCUGGGCCAACAAGACCCGCAGCAGCUAGACGAGCUUGCAGCAGCAGUCGGCGGUGCAGAAGGCGAGGGUGAGGCUGGGGCGGCUGACGCGGCAGACGCGGACGCGGCGGCGGCAGCGGCAGUAGAGGGCACAGCAGAGGGUGAGGCCGGCGCGGAGGCGCUAGACCAGGCAGAGGAAGAGGCGGCCGGCUUUGCAGGAGCAUCGGGCGGGGGUGAGCUAGCAGAGGGCGCUGGAGAGGACCUUGGCAAGCACCACAACCACAACCCGCAUCACCACCCGGAGGGUGAGGAGCAGGGCUCCGGUGUGGAGUCCAGAGAGGGCGAGGCGGAGGGCGGGCACCAGGAGGGUGACGACGCAGCCGGCGGCGACUACUCGGCCGGCGCGGGCGGUUACGGGGAGGAGGUCGAGCAAGGCAGCCCCGCUCGCCACAACCAAGGCGAUUACGGCAGUCCCGAACACCAGCACCAACACCACCAGCACCAACACCACUACCCCCACCAAGACUCGUUAGACGAAAUGGGUGCGGAGCAUAACAACGACAACGAUCGCCGUGCGAGCGGCGUUGGCGCCAGCGGCGCAGCGGCGGCCGCCGCCGCCGCCGCCGACAGCGAGCUCCUCCUCGAGGCGGAGCGUGAGCGGCACGCACAGCAGCUGCAGAUGGAGGUGCGGGCUCGUGAGGAGCUUGAAGACAUGAUCCUGCGUAUAGAGAAGCAUUUCAAGGCGGAGCAGGGCGCGCGCAAGAAGGCGGAGGAGCUGCUGCAGGCCGCCAUUGCGGCGGAGCUGGAGGCCAAGAACAAGCUGGAGGACGUGCUGAAGCGCCGGCGGGAGGAGCAGCGUGCGGUGGAGGAGGAGCGCGCCGCCAUCAAGCGGGAGCGCAACGCACUGGAGAACAUGCGGCAGGACUUUGAGGCCGAGCUGCAGGCGGCCCGCAGCGAGGUGGGCAAGGCGCAGGAGGCGCUAGCCGCCAGCGAGGACCGCAUUCGCUCCGCCGAGGCUGUCGACCGCGCGCGGCUCGAGUCCGAGUACCAAGCCAAAAUCAACGCGCUGCAAGAAGAGAUCGGCCGGCUGCGAGACGAGCUGAUGUACCGCACGCAACUCAUGACGCACGAGAUGACGCGCUGGCAGCAGCAGGCGCACCUCACCGCCGCGGCCGUCAUGGACGCGAAGAACGAGGUGUUGGAGCGCAAGCGCGAGCUGGACUCGACAAAGGAGAAGAUGGACCGGCUGCUGGACAAGCUGUAUGUGGGCCGGGAGCGCGGCAUGGAGCUGCAGGGCUCCAUCGCGGCGGCGCAGAGCUUUGCGCAUCACGCGGCGGGCGGGCACGGCCACCACGGCGGGCACGGCGGCGGCCUAGCCAGCAUGGCUGGGCUGAUGCCACCCCACAUGCUUAUGGCACAGGCAGGCCGCGGGCCCAUGAUGCUGCCGCCACCCGGCGAGAUGGUUGGCGGCGGCCAUGGCGGCGGCGGCGGCGGCGGCAGCAAUAUCCCUAAGCUCCCGCCGGUGGCGGGCCGGCCGCCGCUGUUCAGCGGCAUCCCGCCGCCGCCUCGCAGUGGCGGCGGGCCGCUGGGGCGGCGCAGCGCGCCCGGCACCAACUACGACGGCGCGGGCGGCAGCCCCGGCCUGGGCUCGGUGGGUAUGCCCGGCGGCAUGAUGGGUGGGAUGGGCAUGGGUGGGAUGAUGGGCAUGGGUGGGAUGAUGAUGGGGGGGCCGGCGGGGAUGCUGCCGCACGGCGGCGGGCUGGGCGGGCAGCAGUCCAGCUUCAUGAGCCACGGCGGCGGCAUGGGCUCUCCGGGAGGCAUGAUGAUGGGAGAUCCGGGCUCAGUGGACCCCUACGCCCAGGUGCAAUCCAAGUUUGCGCAGCCCACGGAGGCGGGCCUAGCCAAGGAGGCAGCGGCGAGGAAGCAUCGGGCGGCGGGCGGCGGCGGUGGCGGCGGCGGCGGGGCGGGGGCCAAGGGGAAGAAGCCUCUGGACCGGUUUGAGGAGAGCAAGCGGGACGAGGCGCGGCUGGCGGCCAUGGCGAAGCGGUGGGGCUAAGGGCUCGGAGGGGUUGAAGGAGGAGGACGUGG